CGCAGCUGCUGUCACGUGACUGUUGGAAUUCGGCGCCAAAAUCUCCAAGAUUUACCUCACGCAAGCUCGCCCAUCGCUUGACCCCUCACUGCUAGCAGUCCUCACUUGUUACCUUCCUGCAGUCCGACAUUUGCGUCCUUCAAACCCAAACAUGGAUCGCGCAUCUCAUAACCCUCUACGGAAUGGAAUCACUCCCGCUCCGCGCUCCGUGCAAGACAGUCCCCAAAUAACGUUACAAGGAUUGGUACGUGAAAUGAAAGGGCCCUAUUAGUAUAAUGCUAAUAGACAUUCUAGGAUAAUAUGCCUAAAGACAAAGAGGCAAUUCAGAGCCAGAGUGAAGAGGACUUGGACUGGAAUCCGACUGAGGAUGAUGACAGUAGUGUUCCAUCUGGCGAAGUAGCGUUCCCAAAGGCGUGGCUAAGUUUCACGCGCCUUUCUCUACUUACUGAACAAUUACGCGACGACUGUCCACAAUCGCUGCACAAUGGUCCAUCUACUGGCAACUCUCCCCCGGAAGAUAGCCACCUCGAGAUGCAGCCUCAGGUCCCCCAAUCUGAACCAAAGACUGCCUCGACUGUACACCCGCAAGUAACAUCUCCACGUAUCAGCCACAAUGGUAUGUAUAAGGAGUUAGUUGACGACGACCUACACAAGAAUUUGCUCCUGGACUGGCAGGCUGCGAAUGCUACUUACAACGCCGGCCAGAAGCGACACGAGACAUUUCGGGUGGCGAGGAAUGAAAUCGAAGAACCCCAGGGGUAUCAUCAGAAGGGAUGGUAAGUUAGUUAGGGACGCAAAAAUGGCAUAUAUCCUACCGGGUGCGGUCUCCGACGUGAACACACUUCGUCAAAUGACCCAGCUACGCGUGCAGUCGGUGGGGUGGAGCUGGGCGUCAUGCAGCGAGCUGGCCACCUGCCCCGCUACCAAGGCC